AUUUUCAGUGUGAUCUUCAGCUUGACUUAUAUCUCUCAAUAUAUAUUGUUUACAAAGACAUCUAGGCAGUAUGAUUCAUCAGAUCAAAAUGUAGUAACUCCUGCAGAUGGACAGAGGAAGGAUUCUAGAUCUACCAUGUUCCGUAUUCCUGAAUUCCGAUGGUCUCAAAUGCAUCAACGCUUGCUUACAGAUCUCCUCUUUUCAAUAGAAACAGAUGUACAGAUGUGGAGAAGUCAUUCUACCAAGACUGUGAUGGACUUCGUGAACAGCAGUGAUAAUGUCAUCUUUGUACAUAACACGAUUCAUCUUGUCUCUCAAGUGAUGGACAAUAUGAUUAUGGCUUGUGGUGGCAUAUUACCUUUGCUUUCAGCUGCUACAUCUGCUACGCAUGAAUUGGAAAGCAUUGAGCCAACUCAAGGAUUAUCAGUGGAAGCUUCCAUAGCAUUCCUUCAAAGAUUAAUUAGCCUUGUGGAUGUAUUGAUCUUUGCAAGUUCCCUUGGAUUUACUGAAAUUGAGUCAGAGAAAAAUAUGUCAUCUGGUGGAAUUUUAAGGCAAUGUCUUCGACUUGUAUGUGCGGUAGCCGUCAGAAAUUGUUUGGAAUGUCAGCAACAGCAUAUGUUAAUGAAGCCUAGUGGAGAAAAUGUUAAGCAUCGGAAAACAAUACAAAGCCUUAUAGCCUCAGGAAGGACUGGAGCAAAGAGUCCAGUUGAUAUUGUAACUGGAGGGAUUUCUCCAAUAAGAGACAUUGACAGACUUCUACAGGAUAUGGAUAUUAAUCGGCUCCGUGCAGUGGUAUUCAGAGAUAUAGAGGACAGUAAGCAAGCACAGUUCUUGGCUUUGGCUGUAGUGUAUUUUAUCUCUGUACUCAUGGUAUCAAAAUACAGAGAUAUCUUGGAACCUCAAGAUGAACGGAGGCAAUUUCAACCUACUCAGUCACCCAAAAUAGAUAAGGAAGAACAAUCUGAAGCUAUUACCAUUUUAAGUCAGGAACCUGCCAAGGAGUCAGAAAGCGUGGUGUCUCCACAAAGAACGGAUUCGGGAAUUCAGGAGAAAGCACAUUCUGGAUCAGGACACAAUUCUGAGAAGGUUACUGAAUCAGAAAGACAGAGUAUAAGUACAGGUCCAGAUGCAAUCAGUGAAAUAUUGUGUACUCUUUCUUCAGAAGUUAAUAAAUCUCAAGAAAGUAAAAAUGAAGUACAUAAUGAGGUAGAUGGUAAAACUGCACCCUCUAUGCAAACUGCAAAAAAUGUCAAUGUAAAAGACAUCCUAAGAAGUUUGGUCAGUGCUCCUGCAGAUGGGGCCACGGUGGACCCUGCUGUUCUUCCACCUGUUUUUCUUGGAGUCCUUGGUGAUGGUGCCUCUGCACAACCAAUACAAUUUCAAUCUUUUGACAGGAGUGUGGUUGUGGCCCCAAAGAAGUCAGUGAGUUCAUCUGCAGCCACAAUUAACGUGCCUACAAAUGCUGUUAGUGUGGUUUCUUCUCUGGAUUCUUCCCAAGCCCCAGAUGUAAAUGGAAGCUCUCCAAGCAAUGGAUCAUCAGAUUCAAGAUUACCAUCUGUUCCUACACUUUCUUCUGUGCCUGAGGAUUCUGCUUCAAACAUGAGUAUUUCAGAGAGGCUUGAGCAUGCUUUGGAAAAAGCUGCCCCUCUUCUGAGGGAGAUAUUUGUGGACUUUGCUCCUUUUCUUUCGCGUACCCUCUUGGGUAGUCAUGGUCAAGAACUACUGAUAGAAGGUACAAGUCUUGUAUGUAUGAAAUCUAGCAGUUCAGUUGUGGAAUUGGUCAUGCUGCUUUGUUCUCAGGAAUGGCAGAACUCAAUACAGAAGAAUGCAGGCCUAGCUUUCAUUGAACUUGUCAACGAAGGAAGGUUGCUAAGUCAAACAAUGAAGGAUCAUUUAGUGAGGGUAGCAAAUGAAGCAGAAUUUAUCUUGAGUAGGCAGAGAGCGGAAGAUAUUCACAGGCAUGCUGAAUUUGAGUCAUUGUGUGCCCAGUAUUCUGCAGAAAAACGUGAAGAUGAAAAGAUGUGUGAUCAUUUGAUAAGGGCAGCCAAAUAUCGUGAUCAUGUGACAGCAACUCAACUGAUACAGAAAAUCAUCAAUAUACUGAUGGACAAGCAUGGAGCCUGGGGCAAUUCUCCGCCAAGUCGUCCUCGUGAGUUCUGGCGCCUUGACUACUGGGAAGAUGACUUGCGGCGCCGGCGACGAUUUGUGUGUAACCCCCUUGGAUCGACACAUCCUGAAGCGACCUUAAAAGCUGCCAUAGACCACGCUCCAGAUGAAGAUGUACUUGUUAAAGGAAAGCAGUCUAUCAGGAAUCAGGCUUUAGGAAAUCAGAAUUCAGAAAGCGAGGUUCUCCUGGAAGUCGAUGAUGAUAAUUUGUCAUCCAUGGAGGAGAAAGAACUUGAGAAUUUAACUGGUCCUGUUAGUAUGUGUACACCAGCUCAGCUCGUGGCCCCUUGUGUAGUAGUGAAAGGCACUCUGUCCAUCACCACCUCUGAAGUGUAUUUUGAGGUAGAUGAAGAAGAGCCCAGUUUUAAGAAAAUUGAUCCCAAGAUACUUGCAUAUACGGAUGGACUGCAUGGGAAAUGGCUGUUUUCAGAGAUUCGAUCAGUAUUUUCUCGACGCUAUCUAUUGCAGAAUACAGCAUUGGAAAUCUUUAUGGCUAACAGAGUUGCUGUCAUGUUCAACUUUCCGGAUCCUGCAACUGUAAAAAAAGUAGUCAAUUGUUUACCUCGUGUUGGAAUUGGAACUAGUUUCGGUUUGCCUCAAACCAGACGUAUUUCUAUGGCCACUCCACGUCAAAUCUUUAAAGCUUCAAAUAUGACUCAGCGAUGGCAACACAGAGAGAUUUCAAACUUUGAAUAUCUUAUGUUUCUUAAUACCAUUGCAGGGCGUACAUACAGUGAUUUAAACCAGUAUCCAGUAUUUCCUUGGGUGAUCACUAACUAUGAAUCAGAAGAGUUGGACCUUACACUUCCAAGUAAUUUCCGAGAUUUGUCAAAGCCUAUUGGUGCUCUUAAUCCCAAACGAGCUGCAUUCUUUGCCGAACGCUACGAAACAUGGGAAGAUGAUCAAGUUCCAAAGUUUCAUUAUGGCACUCAUUAUUCAACAGCCAGUUUUGCACUCACUUGGUUGUUAAGAAUUGAGCCUUUUACAACAUUUUUCCUAAACUUACAAGGUGGGAAGUUUGAUCAUGCAGAUAGAGCUUUCUCAUCAGUUUCAAGGGCAUGGCGCAAUUGUCAACGUGACACAUCUGAUAUCAAGGAGCUUGUUCCUGAAUUUUAUUAUCUACCUGAGAUGUUUGUCAAUUUCAAUAAUUACAAUCUUGGAGUGAUGGAUGAUGGAACAGUGGUCUCUGAUGUUGAACUUCCAUCAUGGGCCAAAACCCCAGAAGAAUUUGUUCGCAUAAAUAGACUGGCUUUGGAAAGUGAAUUUGUUUCCUGUCAACUGCACCAGUGGAUUGAUUUGAUUUUUGGCUAUAAGCAGCAAGGGCCGGAAGCUGUCAGAUCUCUAAAUGUUUUCUACUAUCUAACCUAUGAAGGAACUGUCAAUCUCAAUUCAAUAAUGGAUCCAAUGUUGAGAGAGGCAGUGGAAGCUCAGAUCCGAAGUUUUGGACAGACUCCUUCCCAAGUGCUUAUAGAACCACAUCCUCCAAGAAGUUCUGCUAUGCAGCUGAGUCCAUUGAUGUUCACAGACCAAGCACAACAGGAUGUCAUCAUGGUCCUAAAAUUUCCAUCCAACUCUCCUGUAACACAUGUAGUAGCCAACACUCAGCCUGGUUUGACAAAUCCUGCUGUGAUUACUGUCACUGUCAACCGACUGUUUGCUGUGAAUAAGUGGCACAAUCUUCCUGCUCGUCAAGGUGCUGUACAGGACCAGCCAUACCAGCUGCCAGUGGAAAUCGAUCCUCUCAUAGCUAGCAAUACAGGUAUGCACAGAAGGCAAAUCACAGAUCUUCUGGACCAAAGUAUUCAAGUCCAUUCCCAGUGCUUUGUUAUCACUUCAGAUAAUCGCUAUAUCAUGGUCUGUGGAUUUUGGGAUAAAAGUUUUCGGGUGUAUUCUACUGAUACAGGAAAACUAAUGCAAGUUGUGUUUGGACAUUGGGAUGUUGUUACUUGCCUUGGCCGCUCUGAAUCAUAUAUUGGAGGAAACUGUUAUAUUCUAUCCGGGUCUCGUGAUGCCACACUGCUGCUAUGGUACUGGAAUGGUAAAACCAAUAGCAUUGGUGAUAACACAAAUGGUGAAACUGCUGCUCCUCGGGCAGUCUUGACUGGACAUGAUUAUGAGAUUACCUGUGCCGCAAUUUGUGCUGAACUUGGUGUAGUGAUAAGUGGUUCUAAAGAAGGACCAUGUCUCAUACAUUCUAUGAAUGGGGAUCUACUGAGGACUUUAGAAGCUCCUGAAAACUGUGUGAAAGCAAAACUUAUCCAAGCAUCAAGGGAGGGUCAUUGUGUUAUAUACUAUGACAAUGGUCAUUUUUGUGUAUUCAGUGUGAAUGGAAAACUACACUCCACUAUGGAAACAGAUGAUAAUAUCAGGGCAAUCCAACUGAGCCGUGAUGGGCAGUAUCUCCUAACAGGAGGAGACAAUGGAGUUGUUAUGGUUUGGCAAGUGUAUGACUUCAAGCAGCUUUUUGCCUAUCCUGGUUGUGAUGCUGGAAUCCGAUCGAUGACUCUUUCAUAUGACCAAAGGUGUAUAAUGACAGGCAUGGCUUCUGGCAGCAUAGUGGUUUUCUACAAUGAUUUCAACAGGUGGCAUCAUGAAUACCAAACCAGAUAUUGAAAAAUGGAUUAAAUUGAUGUGGCCGUGCAGCUCUUCUCAUAUGGAGACUUCAAACAUACACAUCUCUCUUUACUAUCUUGUCUAUUCUAGAUCUUAUAAAUAGUUAAUAUAUCUGAAUGUAACUUAAAUUUGCUGGGAGAUGCUAUUUUUUGAAGCUAAUUGCUAUUUUUGUAGACUUUGCUUGACUUUUUGGGAUGGGGAAAAAACAGAAGAUGAUUGUUGGGGGUUCUGUAGCUUAUAAAGAAAAUCUAUAUUUUUUAGUCAUAGUAAAUCUAUUUUGAUCAUUAUACUGGGGGGGGAGACUGUAAUAGGAUGGCUAUAAUUCUUGUAUUAGCUAUAUUAUGAAACAUGUUUCUCAUGUAAAUCUUUAUAAUCUUAUGGAAUAUUUGAUUUUAACAAUGGAAAUUGUUAUAACAAAGGAAGUUGGUUAUAAUACCAGCAAUCAGUUAUAAUACUGACAUUUUAAACUGUGCUUAUCCCUCCCUUCCCUUUUGUCUUGUACUUUUACAGUGAUAGCAAACUUGAAGCACUGACUUUUCUGAAAAUCAAGAAUACUUAAAUUAUGUAAUGUAAUUUUGUUUUCACAUGAUCGUGAAAUCAAGCGUGAUUCUAGAUUUAGGUGAUUAGUAUGCCUUUUAAAUUAUUAAUUUGUUAUUUUGUUGUGUGGUUAAGAGAGAAAUAAUCAUAAGCAGAAUUUAUACAUCAAGCAUAUUUUUCUUAUCCUUUCAUCAGGCCCAAUGUUCUUCCAAAUUAAGAUCUAUUUUGAGGAUUUUGGAAGUAUUCUAUUGUCUACUAUACUUUUUGAAACUAUGUGUGGAUCCAAAAAAAACACUUGUGCUGAAGAUCUGCAAUUUUCCUUUAGCACCUAAAAUGGAAAAAGCUAUUGUGUCUCUACAACACAACUAGUGAGAACUGUAUAGCACAAGCCUUAUAUUGAUCUAAAAUCAAGACAUGUUCCCAUCAAAUCUGAUUCAAUCAUGCUGACAAUCUGUCUUCAAGCUCUUGGGAAACUAAAUAAAAUUUAUUAUGAACAAUGUUAUUUUGGUGUUGCAUAAAUUCUACUAAAUAUAUGAUUGCUGUGCAGAAUUCUGUGAAUAUAGUUGUUAAAAGUAUUGUUUUUAGUAUGCACUGCAAAAUUAUUUCUUGAUAAGUUGUGGUUUAAGAUUUGAAAUUUACAUUUCUCUGUCUUUGUUGGUAUAUAAUUUCUUCAACUAAUUAUUUGAAGCAAUUUUAAUGUUUUUUCCUAAUAUUCAAAUAGCCCUUCUUUAUAUGAGCAUCAGAAAGGGGAAAACUCAGUUUGAAACAAGAUAUUAAAUAAAAAAGGCAUUUGUAUUUUAAUGCUUCAUUUAUUACAACAGGAACAUAAGAAACAAUGCAGAACUCUGAAAACAAAAUGAUUGUAAAUCUUGUCUUUUUAAUAGGAAAUUUUGGUUAUAGUUACUGCUGCAUGUAUCAAACAUUUUCAGAGAACACAGCAAAUGCCAAAUGUGUAUUUAUUGCUACACUUCUGUUAGCACAGACCUAACACCAUCUACAAAUUUAGCUUCUAUAUAUGUAAUGGAUGAUGGUUGUGGCCUUGAACUUUGCAAGUAUAAUCAAACUCUCCUCUUCCAAGUCAAACAAAAGCUUUAUUGAAUAUACUCAGAUAAUAGUUGACCAAACCAGAAGACCGGCUGUGCUUAUAUUGUUAAGAUACAUGAUAGUUUAAAAACCCUGAGCACAGUUGAAUUACAAUGUUAUAUUUUUUUAAAAAGGACUGUCUUCCAAUGAUAUAGGAAACAUCUAAAAAUUAAUCACCAAAAUCCAGAACAAAAAGUAACCUUUGCUCCUAAACUCUUCCUUCCUUCUCAAUUUUGAAUUCAAACAUCUGUAGUCACAUGUCCAACUUAACAUUGUUGUUCAUUUCUUUUUGUGCUCUGUGUAAAACCAAGGCACUGUUUAGAUUUGAUUAGGAAAAGAAGAAGAUUCAACCCUCUAUUCUUCUAUGCAUUCUACUAAAGGUCCAGUCA